UUUACACUGCUACUCAGCUGGUGGAAGGCUGCUUUUUAACUCCACUGAUUCUGAGAAAAAUGACAACGGGCUGCUCCUUUGGACUAAAUCCUUGUGGGUUCUUUAUAAUGAGCCGACGGAGGAUAUCGUGUAAAGAGCUGGGGCAAGCCGAUUGUCAAGGAUGGCUCUACAAAAAGAAGGAAAAAGGAGCUUUCAUUGGCAACAAAUGGAAAAAGUUCUGGUGUGUGCUGAAGGAGUCAUCGCUGUAUUGGUACAGCAGUCAGCUGGCUGAAAAAGCAGAAGGAUUUAUCAGACUUCCAGACUUCAGUGUGGACCGAGCAAUUGAAUGCAAAAAAAAGCAUGCUAUUAAGAUCAGCCACCCACAGAUCAAGACAUUUUAUUUCGCAGCAGAAAAUGUUCUGGAAAUGAACACGUGGCUAAGUAAGCUGGGGAUGGCUGUAGACCCUCAGGCACCCAAUGGGAAGAAUGAGGAAGAAUGCUACAGUGAAAGUGAACACGAUGAUCCAGAAAUAACAGACACACCACCUCCCCCCUACACAGUCCAGACACCACCUCCUCCUUUGGAUCAGCAGAAGUCUUCUUUCACAACUCUGUCAAGUGAAGCAUCUUGUUCUCUCUCCUCUCCUGAAAGCACAUUCAACUCCCGGGAGUCAUCAUCUUCCUUAACGUCCAAAGUGGUUUAUUCCGAGAGGCAGUCCUGCCGUGACCUAGUUAACAGCUCUGCCACAGAAGAGGGUGAUCAGCCUUUAACUUUCUGCGUACAGAUUCACUCUGAUGAACCGCCAGAAGUAGACUGUGGAGAAGCAGCAGAAAGCCAGGAGGUCCAGCUUUCCCGACCCAGUGGUGGAUCCCAAAACUCUUUUUUAGGUCUGGAUACACAUUGUCUAGCUGUGCCAGAUGCAACAGGACAGAGAUCACUAGCCAAAGAUCAGGAAAAAUGUGAUGAUGAUGAGAUGGAGCGACUUUACAAGUCAUUAGAACAAGCAAGCCUGUCUCCCAUUGGUGAUCGUCGGCUGUCAACAAAGAAGGAGCUUAGAAAGUCAUUUAUCAAACGCAGCAAAAACCCCUCCAUUAAUGAGAAACUCCACCAAAUUCGAAUGCUGAACAGCACGUUAAAGUGUAAGGAACAUGACCUGGCUACAAUUAACCAGUUGCUAGAGGACCCAAAACUGACAGCAAUGAAGUACAGAGAGUGGAGAAACACAAACAUCAUGUUGGUCCAAGACAUUUAUCAGCAGCAGGAGGUCCAGGACAUGUCCACAGAGAAUAGCGAGGAGCAAGAGAUGACUCCACAGCCUAUGACUGAAAGUGCUAUCUGAGGCCAUAGUUCAAUGGUUCAUGGCAAGAUUUUUCCCCACGGGUCUUCACAUACAAGCACUUUAAACUGCUGCAUUUUGAGGAUUGCUUUUGUUCAAGUGUUCUUCGAAAGGAAAACAAAUUUUUCUCCCAAGUUUUAGUUCUUCUUGCAAAACUCAUGUCAAAAUGGUGAAUCCCCCAAAUUAAAAAAACAUGCCUGAACCUGGGCUGCAUACCUAAGAAGAUUAUUUUAUGAAGCAGUGAAGAAAUGUUUUUCCAUCCUUGGAGAAGUAAAUUAAGUAUGUCUUAGCUCUUGGAAGUCACAGAACUGUAUAAUAUGUACUGUAUAAAUGUGAGAUCAUUGAAGUUGUUUUAACCACGUAACUUACCGUUAAAAGGAAGCUAGAACAAUAUUGACAGGAUGUAGUCUACCUUUUUACCCUGUAAGGUAACCUGCUGUAUGCAUUUUCAUCUCUACAUUCAUUCACUUUCACCAUUCUACCCGUUUAAACUGAGACAAAUAGUAAUUAUGCAUGAGUUUGUACUACAGACAGCUGUCAGGCACCUGGUUUGUGCUCUGCCUGAUGCUUUAUGAGUUUGAAAUUUAUUUAUGGACCAGACCAAGGUACUGUCUUUCUACAUGAAGAGAAGGUCUUUCAAUGUUUGUUAACAUGUAAUUUUCUGUGAGGCAGCUAAUGCUUCAACAAGUAUCAGCUUUUCUUACUGAUUUGGUAGAAUUCCUUGGAAGAUUAUUUUCUGUCUAAUUUUUGACAGCUGUGAAUAUAUAAGGUACAAGUUCAUCCCAGAUUCCUACUUAGGAAGGUGAUCAAGUUCACAAGACAGAAGCUAAAUAAUUCAAUUCCUGAUGUGGACCUGAAAGUGUAAAACAUAGCUGCAUAUAUUUUUGUAAAUAUAUGUAAUUUUAUGGCUUAUAUGAAUGUGACUAUGUACUGUAUAUAUGUUUUAUUUAUAUAUUUAUAUAUGCUGAAUUUCCUAAUGUAGAUAGGCACAUAUGGACCAGACCUGCCCCAAUGAGAAUGCUUACAGGUUGACUUGGAAUGCCUCUAUGUUUUUUGUUCCAUUAUGAAUCACAAUAAUAGCUCUACAACUGAAGCUACACUGGGACAUCUGCUGUAACUUCUUCUUCUGUUUUUCUAGCUUUGAGUUUUAGAUGAAGAAAAUCUUCAGGGCAGGAAAAUAAGUUUUCUAGAAAGUUUCAAGAUUUCCCUUUGGGCAAAUAAAAAUAAGUAUGUUAGGGGUUUUGUUGGAGGAUCAUAACUUCUUGCCUUCAAUGUCCUCAGUACAAGGUUUGGGGUUUUUGCCCUCCCAUCUUUUGCAUGUGUACAAGUAUGAGGAACUUUGCAGAGUGCUGAAUUUUUAAAAGGAAGAAUUAGUCCACCAUUCUCAAAUUAAUGCCACUGCAGGAACUGUGGCAAUCAGCCCUUCUGUUGGCUAUUUCGUAAUGGUAUUCUUUGUCAUUAGUUUUCAACACAGUUUAUCUUUUAAAUGAAAAUACACUUUACAGAUGCACCUGUCUUUAUACAUUAUGUGUUUUAUCAUAGCUUGACUGAGAAAACAAAAGUUAAUAGUGUUAGUGGGAACAUGUGAAAUCUUUUCCACCUGUGUAGUGAUAAGUUUGACUCUUGAUACUGCAUUUUUAACAUUCAGCAGCUUUCCUUUUAAAAUUGAGACAUGGAAUUAUGUCCCAAUGCAUCAAAAAAAUGGCAGUUAAGGCUGUGUUGAGUGUGAGAACUGAGGAGCAGAUGAUAAGCUAUAAGAAAGGGGAAAUAGAAGGAAAAAUGUAGGCUCCUUUGAUAUAGGCUUUAACAGGAGAGCGUCAGGGGAAAUGGUGACUGGUUGAAUGCUAUACUUGGGGAUAGUGUUACUGCCUCAGGUAUAAAAGGGUUUACGAGUGUGAGGAUAAGGACUGAUAUUGGGUCAGGACUUAAUAAUUGGGGCUAGUCUGCUGGUGCUAAAUAACUGAUAAUUAAUGGAUGUCAAAUUGCAUGUACAUUUUUCUCUCCCAAGUGCAAGUUUCUCAUAAAACAGUGUGUAAACACCAAACACCAUUUUUCUUCAAAAGCAUCUUAGAUCUUAAAAAAAAAGCACAUGCUUAAGUGGUCUGUUGAACAGGGCCAGACAAGUCAGUGCCUUGUAGUUCUCAGAAAAGAUCUAGUCAACUCCAUUUGCUGAAAUAGAUUUGCACUAUACAAAGGAAAGCACUGUGUGGCCUGCACAUGCUGUGUUGGCUCUUUUCACACUGUGCUUGUAUAAGCAUAUACAAAACAGGUUUCCCAAAUAUAUAGACAAAUGUCCUUGGACUGCUCAAACUCUACUAUUGGUUUUGAUAGAUUACAUAGCCUAAAACAGCUUUUAAAUUACUUUCAGAUGGUCAGUAGAUACUUACUGUUGAACAACUGAGGUUUUGGAAACCUGCUGAGUAUGGUCUGUAUCACCCUCUUAGAAACGAACAGAAAAUUCUUGAAUGGUGUUCUUUAAUGCAGUCAUUAUUUUAACAAAUUUCUGUGUGUUCAAGAAAACAAAUAUAUGGAUUUUAUGCAAGUGCAGCGCUGGGGGUCUAUCUCCAUUCUCUUCAGCUAUUAUUUAGACAAGUGGAAAACAUGAGAAAUGUGAAGUGAAAAUUGUAGUAAAACAGGAUUAAUUUUCCAACAUUGCUAAUUAAUAUGACAGUUUCCCCUUGGUGCUGGAUUUAUCGCAAUGGGCUGCACAGCUACAAUUGGAGACAUAAGUGUGCACAAGCAGACAGCUACAGCCAGUGAACGCAGCAGGGAGCCACCUCGGCUGGAGAAACUUGGACAACUCUCUGCUCCAUUCAGUGAUACUUGGGGUAAACAGUAUCUGUCGGUCUGAAUUUGGAAGGCCUGCACUAUUGACUCAUAACAUAAAAAAACUGUGCAUCCCUAGUGAGCGUCCAAAAGUCUUUAGCUAUCUGCCUCACGGGACUUGUUUUCUGUACUUUUUCAUGAGAAAGUGUGUGCGCAUGGACGGGUGCAUGUGCGCAACUAUUCCUUUGUCAGUAAAGCCUUUUGGUAUUGGAGCAAUCAGUCUGGCUUUGCAGAUUUUGGAGUAACUAAUGACAAUGUCUAAUUUCAGCUGUUUCUGCAGCUUGUUUCUGGUGGCUUUUCUGGAAAUCAGAUUUCUCUGGUUUGGUGGUGUAGAUCUCAUGAGCUACCAGAAUGAGGUGGGAUCACUUUUCGUAAGACAGGAGAGAUUUCAUAUGGAGACUGUGAAUUGUUUCUGCAUCUAGUUCUGAUUAUUUACUCAAUACCGGGUUUCAUCUGAAGCACGAAUAAACAGGAAUAAAUAAUGUGCUACAUUUUUUUUCAGAUAAUUUUAUUUUUGGAGGAAACCUUCAUAUUGAGAGAAAAGGCUGUUUUGGGACAGCCAAGGAGGGAGAGGAAGAAAAGAGGCAGUAUUUGAUUUAAAACUGUGUAGAAUUUCAGAAUUUAAAAUUAUUUCUAACUAGGAAAAAUUAUGGGCAUGUUGCAUCUAUUGUGCGAGCCUGUAAGCUUACAUGUGUAUUGCAGUUAUAAUAUAAAAAAUUGUAUGUUUUAACUCUUAAAGAAGCAAGGAGUCCAUGUAAACAUACUUCUGUGUGAGAAACUCUUAUGUUCUGUGGCUGAAGUUUGGGGGUUGGGCUUUUUUUGUUGUUUUAUUUGUUUGGUGGUACAAAAGUGACCAAUUGCAACGAGAUUCGGGUUUAACUCAAUUUAUGAGACAUGUCUUUCUGUUAACAGGAAGCCAAAGUGGUUUUCUUGUAGUAGCAGAGCCGAAGUGGUAUUUCCUGUUUUGUGUGGGGCAUUUCAAAGCAGCAGACCUUUUAAGAUGUCAGUCAGCCUUUUCUUGACAGCUUGAAGAUUUAUCCCAGUUUGGUCUGCUUCAAGCUGCCAUAUUCUUGCAUUUUUAAGGACUGGCUUCAUUAUUAACUAAAACAAAAAUUGAAGUUAAAAAAGGAAAAGGAAAAACAGAACUGAAAAGCUCUGAGCUAAAAUGAGGCUGAAAUUCUUGUCUCUGUGCAUAAAGGUAAUGGGAGAUAAGCUUCACAAAAGCUAGGCAUUUCAAUACUGAAAAAAGAUUGUCAGAUGUUGAGGAGAGUACUACAUUCCUUGAUAUUUGCUAUGGGAGAAGUUCCAAGACUUGUCUGCUCUGGAAAAAUGAAUAUUUUUCUAAUUUAUUUCCUCCUGGUAAAAAUCCAGAGGGAGUGGUUUAUAAGUUGGCAGAAAGCUGAGAAUGAAAUAUGCAUAUAAUUCAUUGGUAGUUCAUCAACCUUGAUGUAUUCCUUGAAAUGAUUGACUUUAGAUGACACAGCCUUUAAUGCAGAAAAUCCAUUUCUUUGGGAAACCACUGUACCUACCACAGUGUCUGAGGCUUAUGUACCCCACCUGGCCCACAUGAGGUCCAUUUUGAAGAUGUAGGUGUAUGGCAUUUCUAUAGGGUAAAUAGCUUAAGUCAUCAUACCACAGCUUAGGAGCCAUGUGAACUCUAACACUCCCUGUGUCCUAGAUGCCAUAGGACCUACCCAAAUUAUUCUAACUCUUGAAGUUGCUUAUGGCAGUUUUACCUUCUCCCACCUAAAGAUAAAUAAAAGAGGAUAUGAAAACUUGUCUCCCACUCUCAUGUGAAGAAAAACUAGUACUAGUCUAGCAAAGAUUCAGGUAAGUCACUUUGUUUACGAAUGUUUAGCAAACUUUACCUGGUGGAAUGCCAUAUGUGCAUGCUGAUAGCAGUGCUCUUGUGCAAAGCUUUCAAUGCUGAGGACUGGCCAAAAGGAGGAGUGGGGGCUGUCUAUUCCAUCACCCUUUGAGGAGACAGGGAAAGCCAUGCACAGAGGAGUACUUGCAAGGAUAUUGGUUAGGCAGGGACGGGGCCUCCAACAUCAUGAAUGUAUAUGGAAUCUCAAUUUGGUAUUUUAUCUUCUAAGUCUAUUUUUUUUUUCACUGGUUUCAAACUCAAAGCACAAUGUUUUCACCCAGCGCUGCCUUUUUACUGUUUGUUGCCCACACAUGUGACUUGAUUUUAAUGGAAUGAUACACACAUCUUGCAGAAUGAGAGUCUUAUGUUUGCACUUGUCAAUUAAACACUGAAA